GAAAUUUCCACCCUCGGAAAGCUCCUCGGCGAAUAUUUUCAAACAUUGACGGUUGAUGCGAUAGUCUUUCGUUUACCGGAUAGCUUGAGAUACUUUCCGAUAAAAUGUUGCCGAUUCCGUUUACCAAGAUUCAUUAAAUAUAUUCGUCCGUGAAUGAUUGUUAUUAUGAUGGAAACUUAUCGUUAGAAUCAGUUUGUCGCUUAUCCAAGAUCGAUACAAAGCAUUUGAAUGGUAGUAAAGUGCUUGCAACUUUUUUCCCAAACUCUUUAUGCACCGAGUAAUCAAGCGCCACGUACAAACUGCUGUUAUGACAAAUAAUGCGAUAAGAAUCGCGGAUUGAAAGUUUUUUUUACUGUGUUUCAUAAUUCCGCCCCCUUUCUUUUCGACGAGUAGUAUUUUACGUCGCAACUGGUUGCGAUUGUUUCGUGCACAACUUCAUUUGGAAAAUAUAAUUUUAUCGUACGCGCGGUAUUUUUAAUAUUAACUUUUGGGGUAUGCUGUACAAUUGUGGUGAAAAAUUCUUUCGAAAUUUAUCUCAACCCGGUUUUGCGUAAGGAGAAUUGCUCGUCGCACGUACGCUGGUAGAAUUAAUUAUCGUUCGCGUAACUUUGACGGGGUAUCCCACCCUUGUAGUGCGACAAAUCCACCUACUUUCAACUCAAUUUUCAAGCACACCAGUUCGGCUAAUGCGACUCAGGGACAGUUCUCGACGUAAAGUAAUUUUGAAGAAAUAAACAUACCAUCCAAAAUCAGGAAGUAAUCAGAGGCUGCUAAUCCUGUGUCGGAACUUGAUUGGGGGCUGUUCAACAUCAGACGAGAUGUUCAGUGUGAAUUACACCGUGAACACGACACCACUGGUGACCUACGAAUUCGACCCGGAAGACGAUGAGAACAUAUACGUGCCGUACAGCCAGCGACCGGAAACGUACAUCGUCCCCGUGGUCUUCCUCGUGAUUCUGGUUGUCGGUGUUGCCGGGAACGGAGCUCUGGUCCUGACUCUCCUCCGCCACGCGAACAUGCGGAAUGUUCCCAACACUUACGUCCUCUCCUUGGCGCUGGGCGACCUUUUGGUUAUAGUUACGUGUGUACCCUUCACGUCGAUCGUCUACACGGUUGAAUCCUGGCCGUGGGGAUUGGCUGUCUGCAAAUUGUCGGAAUGCGCCAAGGACAUCUCAAUCGGCGUUUCGGUCUUCACGUUGACGGCACUUUCGGCAGAGAGGUACUGCGCCAUCGUUAAUCCUAUACGAAGGCACGUGGCAGGCUUGAGCGCAAAGCCGCUGACCAUUCUGACAGCCAGUCUGAUCUGGGUCUUUGCCAGCGUUCUGGCGAUGCCCUCCGCCUUCUUCUCCUACGUCCCCGAAGUCGAGCUGCAGAUAAACCACAGUAUACUGAUCUGCAGCCCCUUCCCCGAAGAAUUUGGGGAGAAGUACAAGAAGGGCGUCGUGCUGUUCAAAUUCCUCGCAUACUACGCUAUCCCCCUCUGCAUCAUCGCCGGAUUCUACCUUGGGAUGGCACGUCACCUUGAACUGUCGACGAGAAAUGUGCCUGGAGAAUUUCCCGGCGCGCCUCAUCACUGCGGGCAAAUCCGAGCUCGUAAGAAGGUCGGAAAAAUGGUUAUCUCCUUUGUGAUCAUCUUCAUCGUCUGCUUUCUACCCUACCACACCUUCAUGCUGUGGUUUCACUUUUACCCGCUCUCACGCGAGGUAUACGACGAGUUUUGGCACACGUUUCGCAUCAUUGGCUUCUGCCUAAGCUUCAUCAACAGUUGCAUCAAUCCUAUUGCCCUAUACUGCGUCAGUGGUGCUUUCCGAAAAAGGUUCAACGAAUAUCUGUGCUGCUGCGUUCCUUCGUCGAGGCGUCGCAGUCGCAGCGGCGGGCAAUAUCCUCGAACAAGGGGAGGCGCGAGCACCGUAUGCGAGACGAGCUUCAACUCUACGUGCAGACGUCACACACAGGAAUUCAAUUCGACGACUCUUUACAACCUGGGGAACGAUAAGCCGACCUGAGGACGCCUUCGGCCACUGCUGGCUCCUCUUCCGAAAGUCACUUUCGACGUACCGGAAAAUAAGGGACGCAGUGGUCAGCCUGCCUUGAACUUUCCGCAAAACAACUUUUGAUUACGCGACGCGACGGGAUCUUCGUUUGGUGAAGGCGAACUUGAAGUCGAUUCGCCGCCUUGCAUCGACCAGGCAGACGAGGGGAGGAUCGUCGUAGGGCGGGUGACGAUCAGCCGGUACAAGUUACUUUCUGAAAAUUGAUAUUAAAUAACAGUCGAGAACCGAGAAGAAGAAGAAGAAACACGUGUGUCACACGACCAUCUCAUUUCCAUCUUGUCUUUUUACAAUCUCGAUAGUUAUACUUUUAGUAAAACGAUGUUUUUACCUUCAAUAUAUGUGUAUAAUAUGUCGUGCUUAUUCGAUAAUUGUAACGUAAACAACGGUCUCAACUCAAGUUUUCAUCAUUAUAGAAAGACUGAAACACGUCGAGCUUGAUAAAUAUACGUCGUAUGUUACAUAAUAAUUCUACAGCGUCCAUGUGUAUCGUGUAUAUACAGUAAGCAACAUUCAACACUUGACCAAAUAAUAGAGUACUAAAAAAUAAUUGCAUUGGAGGGUAAAAAAGUUAGAGGUGUUUCAGUGUUGAAAUUGUGGGUAAAUUUUUAUCAACGAUAAGAACUUGCGAAACAUAUCUAAUCACGUGUAUGUAUGUAUGCAUGUAUGUAUGUAUGACAUAUUACGUAAUAGAGAAAUGGCUGUUUCACGUUCAAAUUUUGUCUAUAUUCGUGGAGUAAAGUUGAAUUCUCUAUGUCGAUGUAUAAAUUGAUAGUUUACAUGAGUGUAAGUGAAAUAAUAAAUUUAUAUAAAUUCGCGUCAUUCUAUAAUAAAUUAGCUCAGAAUGAUAACGAUUUUAACGUGCUUAUACGGCGAAUCACGUUAUUAUUUCAAAUUUGAGAAUCAUUUAUGUGUACGUGUACCACGCGAGCGCAUGAGAGAUAAGCUUAUCGCUGUAACGUGUGAUAUCUAUCCAGCUCAAGAAAUGCACAGGGUGGAGCGUGAAAUAUGUUAUACAAGGUAUCGCGUACCGCGAGAUGUAAGUGUAAAAUUACUGUUGAACAAAAACACACACACACACACACACACACACACAUAUAUAUAUAUAUAUAUAUACAUAUAUAUAUAUUUCAGUCGCUGCAAAUAGGUAAAUCAACUAUUACUGACUGUAAUUUUAUCAACAAUUGAAGUGAAUGGGGUGUCAAAAAGUGUCACUAAAUCAAAUAUUGUACAUAUAGGUAUCGUAAACGUGUAAAUGUCAUAGGUAUAUAUUACAUUCCAAGCUUAAUGCAAAUGUAAAGGGGAAAAGAUCUGCUUCAAUCAAAUUAUUGUUAACUAAUAAUAAAUACUAACACAUAAAAGGAAAAAAAAUCACACUACGCUGAAUUCGCACGGUGCGGUGUAGUAUCGUAGAAUCGUUCGGAAUGUAUAAAAACUAAUCUAUAAA